CUUGAAACUGUUGGGAUGGCUGGACUCAAGGCGCUAUGGGUGGCGGUGCUACUGCUGGUGGUGCAUGAGGCGUCCUCACAGCUAAAUGUGUGUGGUCGUGCUCCUCUCAACACCAAGAUCGUUGGAGGAGUGGAUGCUGCUCCGGGCACCUGGCCCUGGCAGGCCAGUUUGCAGAGGCCCAGUUCUCCGCCCCACUUCUGUGGGGGGUCCCUGAUCAACAAUCUGUGGGUGCUGACCGCUGCCCACUGCUUCGACACAAAUGACACGACAGGUCUCACGGUCAUCCUGGGCCGUCAGGACCAGGGGGGCAGCAACCCCAACGAGGUGUCUCUGAACAUCUCCAGGAUCCUCUGUCACCCCGACUUCAACGUCAGUAUCGUCAACGACAACGACAUCUGCCUGCUGGAGCUCUCCUCGGGCGUCACCUUCACAGACUACAUCGCGCCCGUCUGCCUGGCCGCGGACGGAAGCACUUUCAACAGCGGCAUCAUCAACUGGGUCACUGGCUGGGGCGCCACCUCGUUUGGAGGUUCAGCCGCGGACAUCCUCCAGGAAGUGGACCUGCCAAUAGUGGGCAACAGGGAGUGUAACUGCAGCUAUGGCCAAAUCACCAACAACAUGAUCUGCGCUGGAUUGUCGGCCGGAGGGAAGGACUCGUGUCAGGGUGACUCUGGUGGUCCUCUUGUAGUCAAACAGGGUGUGCAGUGGGUCCAGUCGGGAGUGGUGAGCUUUGGUCAAGAUUGUGCCUUGCCCAACUUCCCUGGAGUAUACGCCAGAGUAUCUGAAUAUCAGGCUUGGAUCAACGGUAUCAUCACCACCAACCAGCCCGGCUUCGUUGACUUCCGAUCCGCGGGAAUCAACAGCGACGCCACCUUCAACUGUGGCGACCCUCCAUCCGGCCCAGUCACCGCCUCACCGACCGCCCCCGCCUCACCGACCGCCCCCGCCUCACCGACCGCCCCCGCCUCACCGACCGCCCCCGCCUCACCGACCGCCCCCGCACCGUUGACAUGCGGCAGCGCCCCCAUGAACACCCGUGACAGCAGGGGGCUGGUGCAGUCCGCCGGCGUGUGGCCCUGGAUCGCUAGCCUGCAGGUCAACGGCACGCACAUGUGCGGCGGCACCCUGGUGACUGCGGACGCCGUCCUGAGCGACGCCUCCUGCUUCACCAUGUACCCCAAUGCCUCCUACUGGAUGGUUGAGUUGGGCCGCCGGAAUCUGAACGGCCCCAACUCCUUCAACAUGACCCUAGGGGUGAAAUCCAUCACCCUCAGCAAUCUCACCGGAGACAACAUCGCCGUGCUCAUGCUGUCCAGUCCACCGAGGCUCUCGGACUACAUCCAGCCCAUCUGUCUGGACCAGGGGAUGGGCAGCUUCCUGAACAACACUGACUGUUGGAUGGCAGGCUGGGGCAUGGGCCAGGGAGGUGCCCAAGAAACCCUGCAGGAGUUCAACACCACGGUGGUGGGUUGUAGCAACACGUCAUCCAGUGACUACAUCUGCACCGAAGCGCUGACUGUGAGAAUGGGUGACGCCGGCGGCCCCCUGAUGUGCAAGAGCGGCAACUCUUGGACCCAAGUGGCCGGGCUUCCCAACGUCAUGGGCAACAGCAGAAUGGUGCGCUCAGAGAGAGCCGCCGACCAGUCCGUGUUCACCGCCACAACGCAAUUUGCUGGCUUCCUGAGGGAAACUCUGGGGAGCCUGCCGUCCCCCGCCAACGUCACCACAAGCUCCGCCCCCACCACCACCGCCCCCACCACCACCACCACCACCACCACCGCCCCCACCACCAGUCACGCGCCAGACGCACGCUUCCCCAUGUCCUACCUCCUCCUCCUCCUCCUCUCCUCCCUCUCCGUGCUCUCUGCGCUGAAUUCACCCAAGAGGAGCUACGUGAGAUGGAGGCUAGGGCUACGGAGGCGCCUGAAGCUCCGGCUGAAGCGGUCCCCCCAGGAUCACGGGCCGGUGGUGUGCCUGUGGGAAGUGCAGGCAGAUGCCGACGGAAGUCGAAAGUACUCAUCCUCUGGGUUGAUCGUUAACCCUUUGUACCCACAUCUCGGGGCUAGUCCCGAUGGUAUCAUCAGCUGCAGCUGUUGCAGCGAAAAGGGUCUGCUGGAGGUGAAAUGCCCCUAUAAGCACAGGAUGGUCCACCCAGAGGAAGCUAGCCAGAUUGACCCAGAUUUCCCCAUUGAAUUUGAAGUUGGAAAUGGACUUGAAACUGUUGGGAUGGCUGGACUCAAGGCGCUAUGGGUGGCGGUGCUACUGCUGGUGGUGCAUGAGGUGUCCUCACAGCUAAAUGUAUGUGGUCGGGCUCCUCUCAACACCAAGAUCGUUGGAGGAGUGGAUGCUGCUCCGGGCACCUGGCCCUGGCAGGCCAGUUUGCAGACGUUUUACCAUUUCUGUGGGGGGUCUCUCAUCAACAAUCUGUGGGUGCUGACCGCUGCCCACUGCUUCCCCACAACUAACACAACAGGUUUCACGGUCAUCCUGGGCCGUCAGGGCCAGGCGGGCAGCAACCCCAACGAGCAGUCCCGGACCAUCUCCAGGAUUGUCUGUCACCCCGAUUACAGUGGGACCACCAACGACAACGACAUCUGCCUGCUGGAGCUCUCCUCGGCUGUCACCUUCACAGACUACAUUGCGCCCGUCUGCCUGGCCGCGGACGGAAGCACUUUCAACAGCGGCAUCAUCAACUGGGUCACUGGCUGGGGCACCACCUCGUUUGGAGGUUCAGCCGCGGACAUCCUCCAGGAAGUGGACCUGCCAAUAGUGGGCAACAGGGAGUGUAACUGCAGCUAUGGCCAAAUCACCAACAACAUGAUCUGCGCUGGAUUGUCGGCCGGAGGGAAGGACUCGUGUCAGGGUGACUCUGGUGGUCCUCUUGUAGUCAAACAGGGUGUGCAGUGGGUCCAGUCGGGAGUGGUGAGCUUUGGUCAAGAUUGUGCCUUGCCCAACUUCCCUGGAGUAUACGCCAGAGUAUCUGAAUAUCAGGCUUGGAUCAACGGUAUCAUCACCACCAACCAGCCCGGCUUCGUUGACUUCCGAUCCGCGGGAAUCAACAGCGACGCCACCUUCAACUGUGGCGACCCUCCAUCCGGCCCAGUCACCGCCUCACCGACCGCCCCCGCCUCACCGACCGCCCCCGCCUCACCGACCGCCCCCGCCUCACCGACCGCCCCCGCCUCACCGACCGCCCCCGCACCGUUGACAUGCGGCAGCGCCCCCAUGAACACCCGUGACAGCAGGGGGCUGGUGCAGUCCGCCGGCGUGUGGCCCUGGAUCGCUAGCCUGCAGGUCAACGGCACGCACAUGUGCGGCGGCACCCUGGUGACUGCGGACGCCGUCCUGAGCGACGCCUCCUGCUUCACCAUGUACCCAAAUGCCUCCUACUGGAUGGUUGAGUUGGGCCGCCGGAAUCUGAACGGCCCCAACUCCUUCAACAUGACCCUAGGGGUGAAAUCCAUCACCCUCAGCAAUCUCACCGGAGACAACAUCGCCGUGCUCAUGCUGUCCAGUCCACCGAGGCUCUCGGACUACAUCCAGCCCAUCUGUCUGGACCAGGGGAUGGGCAGCUUCCUGAACAACACUGACUGUUGGAUGGCAGGCUGGGGCAUGGGCCAGGGAGGUGCCCAAGAAACCCUGCAGGAGUUCAACACCACGGUGGUGGGUUGUAGCAACACGUCAUCCAGUGACUACAUCUGCACCGAAGCGCUGACUGUGAGAAUGGGUGACGCCGGCGGCCCCCUGAUGUGCAAGAGCGGCAACUCUUGGACCCAAGUGGCCGGGCUUCCCAACGUCAUGGGCAACAGCAGAAUGGUGCGCUCAGAGAGAGCCGCCGACCAGUCCGUGUUCACCGCCACAACGCAAUUUGCUGGCUUCCUGAGGGAAACUCUGGGGAGCCUGCCGUCCCCCGCCAACGUCACCACAAGCUCCGCCCCCACCACCACCGCCCCCACCACCACCACCACCACCACCACCGCCCCCACCACCAGUCACGCGCCAGACGCACGCUUCCCCAUGUCCUACCUCCUCCUCCUCCUCCUCUCCUCCCUCUCCGUGCUCUCUGCGCUGGUCUAGAGGCAGCAUGGCCUGGAAGGGCUCGACUCCAGUUUAUUUUCAUGUUGAUUGUAUCUCAGGGAGGGAAGUAUGUGAUUAUGUAAAGAAACGAUCACAGUUUUAUAUGUUUUUCCUUUUGGGUUUUUUAUGGACUGUUGGAGUCAGUGGAGUCUAAUCUUACACAUGAUAUAUAGUUUGCGUUGAGCAUAUUACGUGGAAAAUAUCUCUUUUGCUCUUAAAUCUGAAGGUGCAGAGUUAUAAAAUACACAUCUCUUUUUGUUAUGUGCUUCUUAUUUUAUUUUGGGUUGGAAUUGUCUUUCGUUUAGCUAGCAAUGGUUAGGAGAGACUAAAGGUUGAGAAUAUAAUUACACUGGUGGUGUGUUAUAUGACCCUAACACACCAAAAAUGUUUGAAGUGUCAAUGCAAUCAAUAAAGUAUAAGGCAGACAA